UUAAAUUACUGUCACAUUAUGCAUACCAACAUUAAAAUUGUGAAUAGCAUUUAAAUGCAACGUGGUUUUCUCUGACUAGAAAAGCCAACAUGCACCCAAAAAAUGAUCUAAUGGACGCAGCAGUACAAUGACGGAUCCGAAACGCUAACACAAAUGAAAUUCUACGAAAGCGAGGCUUAGUUUAAUAAUACCAGAAGAAAGUCCAACUAUCCCUUUACAGUUUUGCAGGAGCCUAUGUCAUCCCAAUAACAACCGUCUGGCCAACACUGGAGGAAGAAAUCCAGGUAGUUACACUUGGGAACCAAUCGAAAAAACACACGCAACACACCCGUCUCAGUUUAAGGAAGUACAAAGAGUAGUGGAAGCCCAACCUAAAUUCUUGAUGCUAAAAAAAUACUUGACUGCAUUUUGUAAUAAUGCCUGUCUAUCCCCACCCUCUUGGCAGGCGUGCUUCCAAGGCAACGCGUAUGCGCUGACCUGCGAACUAUAACCUGUAAGUGACAGUGUCGCGUCAUCACUGAUGAACAGAGUACCUGCCACAGUGGAAGUAAUAGAAGUAGUGUAGUAGAAUUUGAAAGAUUUGGGAGCUGUUAGAUAAACAACAAGAUGAAGGCAUUAAUUUUAGUUGGUGGUUACGGAACAAGGCUUCGGCCUUUAACACUCAGUAUACCAAAACCAUUGGUCGAUUUCUGCAAUAAGCCAAUCCUCCUUCACCAGAUUGAAGCUUUAGUAAAGGCUGGUGUAAAGCAUGUGAUCCUUGCAGUGAGUUACAUGUCUGAAAUGCUGGAGAAGGAAAUGAAGGAACAGGAGCAAAGGCUGGGGAUUCGUAUCUCACUCUCCCAUGAAAAGGAACCUCUGGGGACAGCUGGACCACUAGCUUUAGCUAGAGACCUGCUUACGGAUAGUCUAGAGCCAUUCUUUGUGCUCAACAGUGAUGUGAUCUGCGAGUUUCCCUUUGAGGAGAUGCUCAGAUUCCACAAACAACAUGGCAAGGAAGGAACCAUUGUGGUAACUAAAGUGGAAGAGCCUUCCAAGUAUGGUGUUGUUGUGUAUGAAGCAGAGACUGGGCGCAUACAUCGCUUUGUGGAGAAACCUCAAGUGUUUGUGUCCAAUAAAAUCAAUGCCGGGCUGUACAUUUUCACUCCCAAGAUGCUAGAAAGGAUUCAGUUAAGGCCGACUUCAAUCGAGAAGGAGAUUUUCCCAGUAAUGGCAGAGGAAGGGCAGCUGUAUGCAAUGGAAUUACAAGGAUUCUGGAUGGACAUUGGCCAGCCCAAAGACUUCCUUACAGGAAUGUGCAUGUAUCUGCAGUCUGUCAGACACAAGAACCCUGAGAGGCUACAUACAGGACCAGGGUUCAUUGGGAAUGUGCUAGUGGAACCAUCUGCCAAGAUUGGCCAGAACUGCACUAUCGGUCCUAAUGUUACAAUUGGCCCGGAAGUUGUGAUAGAGGAUGGAGUUCGGAUAAAGCGCUGUACCAUACUGAAGGGCUCCCGUAUCCACUCACACAGCUGGCUGGAAUCCUGUAUCAUUGGCUGGAGUUCUGCUGUUGGACAGUGGGUACGCAUGGAGAAUGUCAGUGUGCUGGGAGAAGAUGUCAUUGUGAAAGAUGAAUUAUAUCUGAAUGGAGCCAGUGUUCUACCACACAAGAGCAUUUCUGACUCUGUACCUGAGCCCAGUAUUAUCAUGUGAAUGGGACCUUAAAAAGAGACUGAGGCUGUCAUAGCAGGCCACAUAAACUGAAGGGCUAAAGACUUUCCUUUUAGAGUAUCUUUUAAAAUAAGAAACAUGGUGGAGGAACAGCGCUUGUUGAAUUUUCUGGGAUUGUAAAUCAGUGUUUUUAUAAGAUAUAUAUCCCCAUCCAUCCAAGAAAAAAAAUGAAGAAGGUGCACAUUGGCUGUUGUCACAGAAUCUUUCAGUCCCUAGUCAAUACUUGAUUACUGCAACUGUAUAGGCUAGGCAUUAUUGCCACUGUUCAAUCAGUAAGCAUUGCUGGUGGCAUCUGGAUCCAUUGUACCUAGAACUGACAAGGUAUGGCUUUGUAUUCAGUCUUGCAUUUGCAUCCUCUAGGUAAACAGCAGUUAAGUGCUUUGUCUCGCUUUUCUUACAGAUGUUAAGACUCCUAUACUAUUAAUUGAAGGAAAUCCCCACUGGGAGGCUUCAUCUAGUUAACAAUAUAACUUAAGCCAUGCUGGGUUGGAAGUACUGUGUAAAUUGCAAAUUGCCAGUAAGUAGCUUCAGAUAAAUCAUGGUGUGACACUAUAAUACGGAAACAUAAGAGUUGUAGUCAUCUGCCACAUGGCAAUGGAACACUAAAGUACUAAUUAUAUGUCUGUGUGGACUGGAUGAUAUUGCAUAUUGGACUUUUCUUGCUCCAAUUAACUUGAGGUGUGGAAGCAGUCAAGAAAAAUAAAAUACUUCAAAUUUUACAUACA